CAAAACGACAGCUAAGUGCAUCUUAGACGACAACCAGUGCCGUUUAUACUUCAAACUGUUUGUUGCGACGUCCCUCCUGUUCUCCAGCUCGAUGAGUCUCGGAAUGUCUCCGUCCGGUGAACUCUCAUGGCUCUGCCGACUGAUCGAUGAGUCUCUUCGUUCAUACAUAGGGCCAGAUGAGGCAGUUUUUAUUGGCAAAGAGAAGGAGGUGGAAAAAGAAGUUCUGAUUAAUCUUUCUGAGGUCUUAAGAAAAAUUCAGCUGCGGAUACACGAAUCUGUUUCUAAAGAAAAGGAAACAGUGGUAAAAACUGUUCUGAAGGAAGAGAGCCUAUGUGGGUUGAACCUGCAUUCUGCUGCCCAUCAUUGUAUGUCUAAUGUAGUAACUGAUAUGAUGAUUUUGCUCACUGCCAAGAGUCAAUUUGUUCAACAUCUGGCAGUCAAGGCUCUUGCCUUGACUUCAAAUUUCCUACUCACAAUGGGAAGCUAUUUGAAUGAAUUUGUUCAAUUCUUGUGCUGUUUUUGGGAAGUGGCAAUUGCUAGAUCUGGAGCUGGAAACAACCUUGAUUCAUCUGAUGUUAGAUUUCUCGGGCCUUAUGAACUGAAAAGAAGCGAUUGGUCUACUGUGGCUGGCAUCAACCAAGUGUUACGUGCUGUAUUUAAAUGUUUGAAGGAGGAUUAUGAUGAUGAACUUGUCAAGAUGUACUAUGAUUCUGUCAAUUCCUCUCUUUCAAAGGUCCCUUGGGAUUUAUUAGAUCAGUUUCAGGUUUAUUUGACUGAUGGAAGCAAGAAAAGUUCUUCUACGAAUCCAUUGAAUGUUGACAAUUUCAGUGCUAUGGAGCCUGGAGUCAAAUUUCUUGGAACAUUUCUUCAGUUACUCUGUUCUUUGGUUGACCAAAAUGAUUUUGUAGAAACUGGAGGUGCUUCUGCAAAUAAACAUCCACUUCUUGUCACAGUGGUUAAUCUAGUGCCCAGACUUCUUAAGUGGUGUCUCAACAAGAAAGGAGGUAGCGCUGAAACAUGCAUCAUUCAGUACUUGAAACACAAGCUGCUGAUUCUAAUGAUCAGGCUUCGUUUAAACAAAUGUCUGGAUUGUUCUAUCCUUCUUUCUUGGCUGGAACUCCUUCAUGAUUACUUUCAAGAGCUUUUGUGGCAACCAUUUACUCAGUUUCAGUUGGAUCAAAAUGAAUGUUUGGAAGGUUCUCCGUUUUUAUUGAAUUUAUCUGAUGGAGAAGUGAGUGGUAUGCACUCCCAUCACUUACGGAGGCAAGCUAUAUUCCUCUUCCUGGAUUGCUCUUUCAGUUUGAUCUCUCAAAAGGGAGAUCCUGCGGACUGCUGUAUUUGUUCAGGUUUAAACUCCUGCUUGCCCAAUAACUCAGAUUCAGAACCUAAUUUUUACUGUAAAAGGAAGGGACUGGUUGGGCUUUACAAGUGGCUCCAAGGACAUCUUCUGACUGAGGUCUCUUUCAAUGAUGAAAAGUACUUGGAAAUAUGUGUAAACUUCAUGUCUUCAUUCCUCCAGCUAUAUCUUGGGGAGGAUGAUCUUUUGUUUGAAGUGCUAUUGCAACUGCUUGGCAUAACAUCUUGUUUACAACAACAAUAUAACAAAAAGGAAACUGCAUUUCAUGAUAUACAGAAAGAUUUUUCUUUUUCUCUGUUGGAUGUUUUUAAUCCUGUGCAACUAUUUCAUCUAUUUCUCUCUGAGAUUCACUAUGACCAUCAAGUGCUUCUUGAUUACCUCAUUUCAAAAGAUACAGGAAUCAGCUGUGCUAAAUAUCUCCUAAGAUGCUUGAGUUUGGUAAGUAAUUCAUGGCGGUCAUUUGUGGAAUUUACAUCAUUUGGAGACCUGUUAAAUCAAUCGUCGAGCAAGAAAAGGAGAGUUACAAUAGCAGAUGACCUAGAGUUUGAGUCAAAUGUUACACCUUUUGUUGUGAACAACAAGGGUUAUACUCCGGGGCUUGUGAAGAAUUACAAGCAAGAUGGUGAAUAUGGACUUAAUCCCUCUUAUACAAACCCAUACAAGGAUGCUAAAGAAUGCUUACUAUCAUUGAAAGAUUCUGUUGAAAAUCUUCAUCGGAAGAAGUUGUUUCCAUAUAAUCCUGAAGUGCUCUUGAAACGGCUAAAGAAAUUUCAAGACUUAAGCUGCAAGGAAGAAGGAUUACAACAUAAAACUGAUCCUAACACAAACUCAUGAAUGUUGGAAGUUUGUUGAUUGGCAGGUACUGAUGCUGAGGAUAAAGGGGGAGGUGAUGCAGAUGAACAGAAGAGAAAGAUAUUGGAAGAGUCACAGAGCCACGCGUCUGGACAUGGCUGCUUCUGGUAUCUAUGCUUGGUCUCUUCAGGACGCAUUUUUAGGGCCAUACAUAUGUAUAUUUAGACCAAGCAAGAUGCGUAACAAUGCGCAGACGCCAGAGGGAGUGAGAGGAUGAUAUAAAUUAUACUGACUGGUAAAAACGAGCUAGCGAAGAAAGAAAGGCAGAAAAAGAGCCCAGAAAAUCAGAAAAUAUCUGUCAUUAAAGUCAAGAUGAAAAGAAGGCAUGUCGGCGAAGUCGAAGAACAAUAACCAAGGAAUUUAGUAGAAAAUAGGAGAUGCUAAAAUAUUUCAAUGGGUUUUGCAUGUUUAGAACUGUUGAGGAUGCAUUUUUAGGGCCACUGUCAUGCCUGUUUUUUCGGACCAACCGAGCUGAGUAAGAAUGCGCAGAGACAGAGACGGAGGGGGAGGAUGGAAGGAAGAAAGGAAGGAGAAUAUGUGUAAUAAAAGUCAAGAUGGAAAGGUGUGGCGUGAAAGCCAGAGAUAAAAGAGUGGGGAUGACAGUUGGCAAAUUGGUGGGUGCCACGUAACACGAGAGCUCAUUCAUUCACGCAAGGUCUCUUGUCCUUUCACGCAUAAGACUCUAACCAGCAGUGUGUGUGCA